AUGGGGCACCGCCUAGGAAGGCUUUGGAACGGUCUUGCAUCCCUUCCUCCGGCCCUCCUUGCCACAUCAGAGCAAUGGGAGCAACUGGCCGUCAGCGAGGAAGCCUUGGUGGACGCUGCGGGUCAUUCGGGUGGGAUACGGCAUCACAUUCCGCGUCUGCGUAGUCUGGUAUUGGAGUCGGAAUUCGACUCGGAGCAGGCGCUUGUCGACACUGACUUGGAUACACUUGCCGUCCGGGCACUGUCACCAGUCCUGACAUUCGAAAAUGCGCGCUCUUUGGAACAUGUAGAGCUCGAACACAUUAACUCGACUGUUCUUUCUCUCCCGUGGUCUCAGCUGAAGUCGCUUACCAUGUCCUGGGUCGGCAACACGAGGGCAUGUUUGUUUAUCCUUCGUGAGACCACAUGUCUCGAAAACCUUACUCUGCGAGACCUGGGCGGCGAUGAGCUUCCCGACGAGGGCACACAUCUCCGGUUGGAUCGACUCAGGUCGCUAAUCAUCUCCGAGUUCGCAGGACAAGACAUGUUCUUCAGGAGAACAACAAGUUAUACCGCGGUACUCGUCAAUCGUCUCGUUGUCCCCGCCUUGGUUACUCUCUCAGUCGAAAUUUUCUAUGCCAACCUCGUCGACGCCGUCCGGAAUAUGCUAAUUCGAUCUGCACCGCGCAUGGAAGGCUUCCAGCUAAUAGUUCCUGUUUUGUCAGCGGAAUGCCGCCAUCUGCAUCAAUUACUGCCUGCAAGCCCGCCCGCUUGGCUCGACAAGCUCGUCCUCGAAUCAGUUGCAUGGGGGGCGCUUCCUGCUGCCCUGCGAUCGCUCACUGUCGGGUUCACCCAUCGUAUUCGUCACUUGUGUUUGAAGAUGCCCUUGAAAGACGCUCCUAUAGCCGACCUCUACUUAUUGAAGUCCACUGUCGACACCAAAAACCCGACUCCGCGGGAAUUCGAAUGGAACGACGAAACUCAGAUCAUACAUCUCGAGCUUGUAGUCUCGAAGGAUCAUGACCCGGAGGAAGAAGACAGUACAGUGGGCGAAAAAGGGAGCGAUUCUGACUCGGAACUCGAGGAAAUAUUUGCCCUCGUAGCCUCUCCGAACGGGCCGCAAAUCACCAUACGCGGAUUGCCAAUGGAAUCGUCGUUGCGAUCCAGUCCUCUCCUCUAUUCAAUUGGGGACGAUUAA